CGGUUGGUGUCACUUCAAACAGCAACAUGAAGUCGAUCACGGCUGUUCUCGCUUUCGGCGCCAUCGCCUUCACAACCAUAAAUUCUGCGAGCGGAACACUCAGCAAGGGAGAAGAAGGUGACGACCGGCGUUACAUUCGCGUCACCUCCAUCAACGGCAUUGACGGCUACGACAGCGGAGACUACGACAACGUAGGCUACGUACACGGAGGUUAUAACGAUGUAGGCUACGGCCCUCUAGGCUAUGGGAGCGGAGAUUACGGGAAGGGAGGCUUCAACGGCUUAGGAUACGGACUCGAAAGCUACGGUGGUGAAAAACACGGGGCCAAGGGGUCUUCCCUGAGCUACCCCGGCGGCUAUGCACAAGACAGCUACGGGGCAGCGAGCCAAGGACAUGUCACUCACUAUACUGACGUCAUCAUCAAAAAGGAAGGCGAUGAGGGCCACAAGGGCUUCUUCAAAGGGCUGAAGGCUGCGGGGAAGGACUUCCAAGAAGGCGUCAGCAACUUCGUGAGCAAGGGGAGGGAGCUGGUCGGACUUGAUCACAAGUACGAGUUCGUGGGAGUGCUGCGCCCUAAACACCGUGCUGGCUAUGGACGUGGAGGUCACUCCAGUGGUAUCGACGGAGCGCUCUUUGACCAAGACUUUGUGAGAGUGUACUAACGCCUCAGAAAUCUAACCGCAUUCCUGGCGACUGGCACUGUCUCUCGAUAAGGAUGCCGUUCCGGCCGAACACCUGAUAUUUAUGCGCGUUGUUUUCUAGUUAUAAAUAAUUUGUUAUGUAGUUUACAUGUUCUGUUGGAACUUGGUUGUUGGAACUUGGAAGUGUGAGGAUAAAAUACAUGCAUCUACCGGUGAUCCCG